GCGCCAGCAGCACGCGCCCUCCCGCCAGCGCCACCACCACCACCACCAUCACCAUCACCACCAGUACCAGUGCGCUAUCAUGCCCGCAGAUACGGGUAUGGAGAAGCCGACCGCGUCGCCCAUCGCCGGGGCGCCGGCCAGCGCCAGCCACACACCGGACAAGCCGCGGAGCGCCAGCGAGCACCGGAAGUCAUCCAAGCCGAUCAUGGAGAAGCGGCGCCGGGCGCGGAUCAACGAGAGCUUGGGGCAGCUGAAGACGCUCAUCCUGGAUGCGCUGAAGAAGGAUAGCUCCCGGCACUCCAAGCUGGAGAAAGCAGACAUCCUGGAGAUGACCGUCAAGCACCUCCGGAACCUGCAGCGGGCCCAGAUGACGGCAGCGCUCAGCGCCGACCCCACCGUCCUGGGCAAGUACCGGGCUGGAUUCAACGAGUGCAUGAACGAGGUGACCCGGUUCCUGUCCACCUGCGAAGGGGUGAACACCGACGUGCGUACCCGUCUGCUCAGCCACCUCUCGGCUUGCCUGGGUCAGAUCGUGGCCAUGAACUACCCACCACCGCCUCCACCACCGCCUCCAGCCAGCCAGCCCGCACAUCUGGCACAGCAGCCCCUGCACGUCCAGCUGCCCCCUGCAGCAGCCGGAGCAGUGCCCGUGCCCUGCAAGCUGAACCCCACCGAAGCCCUGUCCCCCAAAGUCUAUGGGGGCUUCCAGCUCGUCCCUGCUACCGACGGCCAGUUUGCUUUCCUCAUCCCGAAUCCAGCUUUUCCUCCCAGCUCCGGACCUGUUAUUCCCCUCUACGCCAACACCAACGUCCCCGUGUCCGCGGAGCGGGUCGGGAACCGCAUCCGCCACCCCAUCAGCAUCCCCGGUGCAGGGGUUGACAUCAUUUGGGGGCAGAUUGUUCCAGCUUCCCAGGCGGGAAGUCCCAUUGGAGAGCGUAGUGAAUCCGUGUGGAGACCUUGGUGACUUGCCUAAACCGAUUCCCAUUCCCUAAAAGCAACAAACUCUGCCGUUGGCUCCGUUGUAUGGAGCCCUCUUAGGGUGUUUUUUAAGCAGCUUGAAACAGAAAGGAAGGAAAAGGACCUCGCUAUGAACCUGCUAUUUAUUCUAUUCAGAGGUUGGGAUCUCGACUUGUAUUUUUACUCCUUUAAAAUGCCUUUAUUUGAGAUACUUUUUUUUUCUAAAAUAAAGAUAAAAAAGUGAGAAAUAGUUUUGUAACAGAUAUUCAAAAGUCUAAUGCCAAAGUUGUUUGUAUCCUGUUUGUCUGUGCGUGUGUGUGUGCCUGUGGUAAAGACUUCCAAAAACCAAGAGAAAUGCAGGUGUUUAAAUAAAUAAACUCAUUGAAAUAGA